UGUUAACUGAAUUUCUCAUCUCUCGUUGCUGUGAGACAUUGGUGACUUGGUACCGGAGUUCGAAUACAAGGUAUAAAGCGACUUGCGCGUAUACCCCUCGCAGCUCUUCACACGUUACCAACUGAACCAUGACCACCACAACUGCCCCGCAACCAACACUCAAUUUCGCAAUCACUGCGACUGAACUUAAGAAGUCGAUCGAUGACAUCAUGGCCCAAGAGCUGGAGGUCAAUAACAAGGUUGCUAGCCUUGCUCCUGAACAGCAGACCUUUGAAACUGUGAUUCUCCCUAUGAGCAAGGUGGACAAUGCUGUUGCUGGUGAAGCUCAUUUGGCUACAAACCUUAGCUAUUUUUCCCCAGAAAAGGAUGUUAGGGAUGCAUCAUUGGAGGCUGACAAGGCAUACGAUGCGUUCGGUAUCGAGCAAGGCAUGCGCGUUGACUUGUAUCAAGCCGUACUCAACGUCUUCAACAAGACAGACUUGGCUACUUUGGAACCUGAGGAUGCAAGACUUUUGACUAAGACCGAACUUGAUUUCCGUCGAAGUGGUCUCGCGUUGGAGGAAAGCAAGCGUAACGAACUUAAGGAAAUCCGCAAAAAGCUCAGUGAGUUGGGUAUCGAUUUCAGCAAGAACUUGAACGAGGAGAGCACCGUUAGCUUUACUAAGGAUGAACUCGAAAAUAUGGACGAUGACUUUUUGAGUGGAUUGAAGACAGGGGAAGUCGAUGGUGUUCAAAAGUAUAUUUUGACUAUGAGAUAUCCUGAUGUUCUUCCCGUCUUGAAAAACUGCAAGAAUGAAAAUACCCGAAAAAUUCACUACAUCGCUUACGAAUCUCGUAAUAAGGAGAACAUUGCAAUUCUUGAAGAGGCCGUUAAGCUCCGUCGCCAAGCUGCCAAGCUUCUUGGCUACCCAUCACACGCCGCUUUUAUAUUGGAGGUCAAGAUGGCCAAGUCAGUAGAGAAAGUUCAAUCAUUCCUGAGCGAUCUUGUGAACAGAUUGGAACCCAUGGGUGAAAAGGAAUUGGAACGACUCAAGAACAUCAAACGCAAGGAGAAGGAAUCACGAGGAGAGGAAUUUGAUGGCAACAUCAAUGGAUGGGACACUGCUUACUAUUUGCGUAUACUCUUGGAGGAAGAAUACCAAGUUGACCAGCAAGUUAUCAAACAAUACUUCCCAUUGAGCAACACUGUCGACAGAAUGCUGGAAAUUUACUCCAAGGUGCUUGGAUUGAGAUUUGUAAAGGUACCUGCUGAUAAGGCCGUUGUAUGGCACCCUGAUGUUCAGCUCUACGAAUGCUGGGAUGAUACCGAUACCCAAGAAUUCUCUGGCUACAUGUACCUUGACCUUCACCCAAGAGAAAACAAAUACUCCCACGCUGCCUGCUUCCCUCUUCAACCUUCGUACUUGAAGGAAAGUGGUGAACGCGUUGCACCUUCCGCAGCAAUGGUAGCCAACUUUACCAAGCCCACUGCUGAUAAGCCUUCACUUCUGAAGCAUGACGAAGUUGUCACUUUGUUUCACGAAUUGGGUCACGUCAUGCAUCACAUCUGUAGUAGAACAAAGCACACACGUUUCAACGGUACAGCUGUCGAACGCGACUUUGUUGAAGCCCCAUCACAGAUGUUGGAAAACUGGUGCUUUGACUCUGAAAGCUUGAAAUAUCUCUCGUCUCAUUAUCAAACCGGUGAACCUAUCCCCGAUGAAGUCAUUGACCGCAUCGUAAAGGCAAAAAAUGUGAAUGGUGCUAUGUUCAACUUGCGUCAACUAUUCUUCGGUAUCUACGAUAUGACACUUCACACUUCUGAUGACGAAAAAUUGGAUACUUCUGUUCUUUGGCAUUCUCUUCGUAAGAAGGUCUCGUUGAUCAACUCACCAGAGGGAACUUAUGGCCAAGCUGCAUUUGGUCAUAUUAUGGGAGGAUACGAUGCAGGAUACUAUGGUUAUCUAUGGAGCAAGGUGUUCUCGACUGAUAUGUUUUACACCAAGUUCAACAAUAACACCUUGUCCAGAGACAACGGAUUGGCAUACCGUCAUAAAAUUUUAUCUCGUGGUGGCAGCCGCGAUGGCAUGGAUCUACUUAGAGAUUUCCUGGAACGCGAACCUUCGUCUGAUGCCUUCAUGAAGGAGCUCAUGAGCGCCCAAUAGGCAACCAGCCUUGAGAAAAUGAAAAGCGUGUGGUAGAUAUGUGCUUUGCCGCAAAGUGGUUCAGCGACGAUAAAAAAU